UCUUUGCAACUGUUAUCGUCGUAGCAAGCGCAGGAGGAGCCCUAGACAGCAUGAAAAUGUCACAGCGAGACUUCGUGCUCGUUGCGCUCCCAUCGAUCCAAAGCCCUUCAAAGCGGGUCCCACUGAUCACCGCUACUAACCGAGCUACUGGAAAAAAAAUACCACUCGAUCCGCCUUACCAAACAUCUCCCAGCGCACUCCAUCCAAUUCCAUUCAAAACAACACAGUAAGAAAUGAUAAAAUUAAUUCCCUCUCUCCUCGCUGGUGGCAAUGUGUCGACUACUGUCGAUGUCGUCCACCCUUCUCGACAACAAGUGGAGUAUAGGGUGUGGGGAAAACAGCGGAAGUGAAUCACAGCUGAGAUGGAUUUAAACGAGAGCAGGAAAGGGAACAUGAACAACAAGUUUAGGAGAGUGAGAGAAAGAGUUGCCACAACGCACAACUUGGUGUGAGCCUUCCUGGUGGUGGUGGUAGGAUCGGACUGACGGCAAGGCAGCAUAAUUUAUUGACGCUAAUAAAUAAGCUCAAUGUAAAUAAUAAUAUCGUUAUCGACUCAGUGCCAGAGGUUAGCAGUUGGGGGAGGGAUGAUAGCCAGCCUCGCCUGUUAGCGCCUAGAUGUAUGCAGAAAUAUAAUAGCAUACAAAUAGCCAUAAUUUUAGUCCAUAACGAUUAGAGUUAGUUAGUGUUAGUGAGAACGCGUACGUCUAUCGAAAUGAUGAAAUAAAUGUUAGAGUCUAAGCUGAACCACCGUAUAGAACACAUCGUCUUUUUUGAUUGAGCUAUUGAACAUUUGGUCCUUCGAGCAAAAGGGAGUAAGCGAGUUGUAAAAAUCGCAAUAGAAUACGGGACACUUAGAUUCUCAUCAAGAUCGCUGCGAUUGUAUCGUUUUAUUUUGCUUGUGCUGAAUCCACGAGAUUGUUUGUGAGUGGAAGAGUGUAGGCGUACGAUUUGCCGGUGCAUGCCUUUAUAUGCGGGUUUUUUUUACGUGAGUGCACAUGAAGUGGCAUAGAGUUUUGUGACUAUUAUUACACUUUUCCGGGAGUCGGCGGCUUAGAGUGCAGAAGUAAACGAACGAUAACAGUGUGUAAGCGUAAUUUUGUGCGUGUACCAUUUUUUUUUUAGCCUUAGCAAUCGUGCUAGCGAUUGUGCGUGUGCGUUAGUUCGGCCAUAGUGUGGGUCCGAGUUACAGAGGUGCGCGUAACUAUAGGUGACGUAAAAUUGGUUUUUUUUUUGUUGAUGGCUAGAAAACUACACACAUUUGUGUUGGAACUGCUCCUGAGUUGAGAUGAGAAGUGUAUUUCGGCCAAUUCGCGGGUCCGAAUGCUAGGAGUGGUAAUAUCGUGUGAAAAUUAGAACAAUUUUAGCGUCGGAAAGAUCGUUGCUAGGACAAUCAGUUUGCGGUUAGUGUGUUUCGGCCAUCGUGACCGAGUUGGCGUCAGUGUUCGCCAUCGCAAUUUGAGGAGUGUCGUUGAACUUUAAAAUGCCGAAAGCAUCGAAAGAAGCAGAAAAAAUGGUGCCGUGGAUAAGAAUUUACCAAGAUCGAUUGGCAGGCCUAGAGCAAUUUGAAGAGUUUAUGGUUAAUUACGUGGAUGCACAACGUUGUGAAUUAAGUAGUCAGCUUUUGUCCUUGGAAGAGGCAAAAAAGACUUAUGAAAGCGUGCGGGAAAAGUUGUUAUUGGAGUAUGAUGAGUGUGAUGAGAUACAGUUAAGAAGUGAGAGGAAGGAGUUUCAAAGAAAAUAUCACAAAGUGAAGGGUUUUCUGUUAGAAAAACAAGGACGAGAUGAAAGUGUACGACCGAUCGCGAACAGUACUAUGACGAACACAAUGUUUUCGAGUUCACAAGUGCGUUUACCGAAAAUAGAGCUUCCUACGUUUAGUGGUGAUAGUACGCAAUGGAUGAGCUUUAAGGAUCGUUUUGAAUCGAUGGUGCACGAGGUGGUGGAGUUGUCUGAGGUUAUGAAGCUGCAAUAUUUACUGGCGUCGCUGAGAGGAGAUGUAGCUCGACAAUUUGAACAUGUUCAACUUGUGGGGGAGAACUAUUCGAGUACAUGGAAGGCGCUUUUGAAGCGUUUCGAUGAUGAAAAGAAGCUGAAGCGCGAGUAUUUUAAGGCGCUCAUGGAUCUUCAACCAAUGGCAGCAGCAACACCCGAAGAGUUGACUCGAAUCGUUAAUGAAUCUCGACGGUUGGUGCGGGGAAUGGAACGACUAAAGGAGCCAGUAUCAAAAUGGGCAACACCUUUAACAAGUCUGGUAAGAUGCAAAAUUCAUCAGGAUACGUUAAUGGCAUACGAAAUCUUUGCAGCUGACAUGGAAGACAAUUUUGAUGACCUGAUGGAAUUCUGUGAAAAGAGGAUAAAGAUCUUGAACAACACCGUUACCGAUGGGACCAACAGAAUAUCUACAAAAGCAGCUAAUGAUCUCAUUUCAAGUCGUGCAGAGAACAACGUGCAGAGAAAGAAGGGAACGAAGCCGAACGCAACUUUAGUAUGUGCGAGCCAAGCACACAAGGCCGUUAUAAAAUGUUGCAUUGUAUGCCAGGGUGAUCAUCCAGUAGCAAGGUGUCCAUCAUUUGAGCGGCUCUCAGGAACAGAACGCCAGGAAGUAGUCAAAAAGAAUGCACUAUGCUUCAAUUGCUUGACUAAAAAUCAUCGAUCUAUUUUCUGCCGUUCAUCAACAAGAUGUGAGAAAUGCAAGGGACGUCAUCAUAUGUUAUUAUGUACUCGUAAUGCCGUUCCAACCCCACCGAGUCGAGAAGAAACCAUAAACGCUACAACGCAUGUAAAGGCUGCCAAGGAGCAGAUGGUCUGGUUGUCGACAGCACGAGUUUUAGUGUGCAAUGAACAUGGCGAGGAGAUGAUUGCUAGAGCAUUAUUAGAUCAAGGUUCCCAGUCAAAUUUUAUCAGUGAGCAAUUAGUGCAGCAGUUGAGACUGAGAAAACGACGACUGGCAAGACCAUUAUCGGGAAUCGCAGCGGUAGAAGUAAAGGCUGUAUCCGUUGUGACAGCAAUCGUCAAGUCACGUGUAGCUGAGUUUGCCGCAACGCUUGAUUGUUUGGUACUACCAAGGGUGACAUCGGAUUUUCCUUUCCGCACGAAAAACACGGAAAGGUGGAAUAUGCCGGUAGGAGUAACGUUAGCGGAUCCAACAUUCUUCCGUAGUGAUAAGAUUGAUAUGCUGAUUGGAGGAGAGCUGUUUGCUGAGCUGUUGCAACAAGGGCAGUUACGUAUUGCCCCACAUUUGCCUAAGUUACUGGAGACGAGUUUUGGUUGGAUAGUCAGCGGUAAAGAAGAGAAUCAGCAUGAUACCAGCAUGAACAACCAGAUGGCAUGUUCCUGCAUCAAUGAAGAAGAAGACUUGAGCAGCUUGUUGGAGAAACUGGUGAGUUUGGAAGCUAUACCUGAAGAUCGAAUUCUUUCCAGCGAUGACCAGGAAUGCGAGAGAUGGUACCAAGAAUCUACCAAACGAACAGAAGAGGGAAGAUACAUCGUUCAGCUUCCAAAGGUCAGUAAUUUUAUGCACAAGCUGGGAGAUUCACGACCAAUAGCUAAGAAACGGUUUACUGCGUUGGAACGUCGUAUGAGGAAUGAUGCAAAUUUGAGCGAAGCAUAUAAAAGGUUCAUGUCUGAGUAUUUGGAGUUAGGACAUAUGAGCAAGGUUUGCUUGUAUGACGAAGACGAGUUGAAGGAAAAUACACCAUGUUUUUAUCUUCCACAUCAUGCUGUGUGGAAAGCAGAUAGUACUACAACUAAAUGCCGAGUGGUUUUUGAUGCAUCUUGUAAAUGCAGGACAGGUCACAGCUUAAAUGAUCUCCUGUUAGCAGGACCUAGGUUGCAAGAGGACAUAGAGCCAAUAUUACUGCGUUUCAGAAUGAAAGCAGUCGCAAUGGUUGCAGACAUUGAGAAGAUGUAUAGACAAGUCCUAGUGUCGGAGAGUGACAGAAGUCUUCAGCGAAUCUUAUGGAGGGAAGAUAGCAGUCGUCCAAUUGCCGUUUAUCAACUGAACACGGUUACAUAUGGAACUACAUGUGCUCCAUACUUGGCAAUACGCACAUUAAGGAAGAUAUUUGAAGACCAUGAGAAUGAAUUUCCAAUGGCAAAGACAUGGUAUGAUGACUUUUAUGUCGACGAUUUGCUGUCAGGAGCAGAAACAGAGGCAGAAGCGAUACACAUUCGUGAUCAAGUGAUAGAAAUGAUGGAUCGAGCAGGUUUCAAGUUGAGAAAGUGGGCAUCCAAUCGUGCAUCAGCUUUAGACGGAUUACCCAAUGAAGAGUUGGCUCAACCUGAACAGAAGGAGAGGAGUCUCGAUACGAAACCCAUAAGCACGUUAGGUUUAACUUGGGACCCAAAGACAGAUCGAUUGAGGGUACGAGUUCCCUGUGUAGAUGUAUCGAAGCCACCGACAAAAAGUCAAGUGAUGGGAAGUAUUGCCAAGAUAUACGAUCCAUUAGGUUUUGUGGACCCUAUAAAGAUGGUGGCAAAACUUUUUAUGCAACGGUUGUGGACGUUGAAGGAGGCAGACGGAUCAAUGUGGCCAUGGGACAAGGAGUUACCAGAAGUAUUGCAGAAGCAAUGGGCUACGUUUUGCAGCCAUUUGGGAGAGUUGAAUAACGUAAGUGUUCCACGAUUUACCAAUCCUACGAUGAGUGACAAUUUACAAUACCACAUUUUCUGUGAUGCAUCGGAGAAAGGAUAUGGGGCAUGUGCGUAUUUGAGGUGCAAGACAGAAGAAGUAUGUGUGGCUAAUCUGCUUGUAUCUAAGUCCAAGGUGGCGCCUCUCGCGAAACGACUUACAAUUGCAAGACUGGAGCUUUGUGCAGCAUUGUUGGCGAGCAACUUAUACAAUUUUAUUAGAAAAGCGAGAUUGCCGGAAGCACCAUGCUAUCUUUGGACGGAUUCGAUGACCACAUGGUAUUGGAUCACCUCACCUCAUCAAGGUUGGAAAACGUUUGUGGCAAAUAGGACGGCAAAAAUCCAGUCUCUUACUAAAGGAUGCCAGUGGAGGCAUGUCCCAGGCAUUGAAAAUCCCGCGGAUUUGGUAUCGAGAGGAUGUCAGCCAGCAGCCUUAGUGGAGUGCCAGCUAUGGUGGUCGGGGCCAUCGUGGCUAAUAAAAAAUGAAGAUGAGUGGCCAAGAUCAGCAUGUACUAAACCAGCAGAAGCGACAGAAGAAGAGAGGACAACAGCUGCAUUGGUGUCAACUGAAGUUCAGAGUGGUUGGGAUGAACUCUUUUCUAAAUAUUCUACAUACAGUAAACUUCGUCGAGUUGUGGGAUACUGUGUACGGUUUUUAGACAACGUAAGGAAAGGCUCCAAAACGAAGAAGAGAGGGCUUGUGAUUGAACGUCUUACUAGCGAGGAAAUACAAGAGUCAGAAAAGAUGCUGUGUAGAAUGGCACAAAUGGAUGGAUUUGCCCAAGAGAUGAAGGAGUUGAAAGCCGGAAGGGGAGUGGCCCGUUCCUCAGCAGUACGAGUAUGUGAUCCAUGGAUUGAUGAGGAAGGUCUGAUGCGCGUGAAUGGCAGACUACGGCAUGCGGAAACAAGCCAUUCGAUGAAGUACCCGAUAAUCAUUCCGAAAGGACAUAUGUUGGCAAAAUUGCUGGCAUACUAUUGCCACAUAAAGUAUCAUCAUGCAGGCCCACAAAUGAUGCUAUCUACAUUGCGUCAGGAAUUUUGGAUCAUCGGUGCAAGGUCAGUGGUCAAGACGAUUUAUAAUCGGUGCAUUAGAUGUUUUAGGUGCAACCCGAAAUCUACUGAACAACCGAUGGGAGAUUUGCCGAAAUGUAGAGUUUCCCAAGCAAAGCCGUUUGCAGUAUCUGGUGUCGACUAUUGUGGUCCAGUGUUCUUGAAGGGGAGCCAUCGGCGAGCAGCUCCAGUGAAGGCGUUUAUUGCAGUGUUUGUGUGUUUUGUUACACGCGCAGUACACCUGGAAUUGGUGUCCGACCUAAGCACACCAGCGUUUCUGGCAGCAUUACGGAGAUUUAUCGCUAGAAGAGGAAAGGUAACGGAAAUUCAUUCUGACAAUGGUACCAACUUCAAAGGAGCAGCGAAUGAGUUGAAUAAGUUGUAUGAGCUCUUCAACUCUACUGAUCAUCAACAAAGUAUUUGGGCCUGGACAUCUGAACAGCAGAUUCUGCCUGGACAUCUAAGACGAUGUGUUCUAUACGGUGGUUCAGCUUAG